AUGGAGCGCAAUCACAUGCUUCCUGAUCGGGAGUCCGAGUCUCGUCAUGUCCUCGGACCACCACCUGCUCGACCUCAAUCGUUGAUAGCGUUUCCCCCAGCUUAUUCCAAUAUCGCUUCACCCAAUGCGAUAAAGUUUCCUGAUGUUCCUACCGAUAUACCAACUUCUUUGCCUCCUCUGGCUAGAUUCGAAGCCGAUAACGAGACAAAGUUACCACCUCUGAGUUCACUUACGAGCGAAAUGGCCCUGGAACCGACCAAGACUUGGCUUCCUCUACACCCUAUGCCUUAUCCACCAGUUCUUGCGCAUAGUAUUGAUAGCCCGACACGAAUGGAUCUUGACGGGAGCAGCAACAGUGUCGUCAGCGCUGCUUCUCCUGAUGUUCUCGAUGCGAGGGCCGGUAGCGUCAGCCUUGAUGAUCCAGAUGUGCGACUGGCAGCUGAAGCGCUUGGAGAUUUGAGAGCAGGUAUGUUGCCAAUUCCAACAGCGAUCAUUUCUAACGUUGUAGACUUUAUAUCUUCACCACCGCAUAGAAAUUCCUCUCUUCCAGUUAGCCCACCAACUUCUGGGCUUCAAUCGAAUCAACCACAGUCGCCGCAGCCUGAACCGCUUCUAUCUCUACUUACGACGACUCAUCCAUUGUUGGCCAGUACAAUUGAGGGCGCCACUUCCGCGUAUGGUGGUGCCAAGAACUUCUCACCGCGUUUUCGAUCUGGCGCCGAAUAUGUCGAAGGAUACCUGACUCCUAUUGCGAAUACUGUCGGUUCAGUUGGACGAGUGACUGGUGUCGAAGGAGGUGUCAGAUGGUUUUUAGGUGCUGGAAGACGACAAAACAGCUCAACGUCGGAUUUGGAAACCGGCAACAGCAAGAAGCGACGCAAAACGGAUGAGGAUGAGGCAGUCAGCAACAAGCGAUUUGAAUCUGAAGGAAUGCAGCAAAUGAGCGAUGAACAGAUGGAUACAGCGCCUUCACCAUCUUCAAAGACCAUGUCUCGUCGCAUGUCAACUACUAGCACGGUUGACACGCUUCCUGCUUACGAUGAGUUGAGAUCACCCGCAUAUACCGAGACUGAUGCCAAUUCACCGCGACCAUCUCGGCCAAACAGCGCCUGGCAGUCACGUCUGAUCACGUCUACUUCUGGUCUCAGUGUCGCCAUGAGCCAUGAGAGUCUGCGCAGUCUCAAAUACUGUCUACAGUGGCUUCGCUGGGCCAAUGAUCACAUUGCUCGUGUGAUUUCAGCCUUGAAAACAACCCUUGAUGAGUACGAAAAGGUGCCCGACGGACAAGCUGGCGAGCAGGCUGAUCCUGAGUCUCGCUCUCAACUUGCUGCUCGCAUCUCAAGCCUCAAGGGCGAUGUCCUCAGAACCCUGCGAGAAGCCAUCAAUACUGUGUCGAAAUACGCAGGGGGCGCAUUGCCCGAAAACGCACGAAUCCUUGUGCGACGUCAUCUCACCAGUCUACCCCAACGAUUCCGUGUCGCCACCAUGACCGACAGGAAUGCCGGGCAGCAAGACAGCGAGACUGCUCUGACUGAAGGUGCACACAAAGUUUUGGUCUUGGCCAAAGAAGGUCUGGACAUGGUUGUCCAAGUAAGUGGUGUCGUAGAUGGAACAAUUGUCAGCGCUGAGCAAUGGCUCGACCGUAUGGGCAAAAGAAGAGCCCAAGAAGACGAGAAGCCAAUGCUUCCUCAAACCGAGGUUAAUGGAGAUGUGAAAAUGGGUUAA